AUGGCAUGUGAACCAGGGACUUUUCAGGACUUAAUCUCAGUUCCACUUUCUUCUGCCAGACUUACGAAUGAGCCCUAUAUGGAAGGGCCUUGGUUCCGGAGCUGUGGUCAGUCCAAUGCGUCCUGUAAAGUGGUGAAGGGGAAGGUCGUCGAGGUAGGCCGGUGGCCAUGGCAUGUGAGUAUCUUGUUCCUGGGAGCUUACAUCUGCAGUGGCUCGCUCAUUCAUUACCAGUGGAUCAUCACGGCGGCACAUUGCUUACAGAGAUCCAAGGACCCCAACCAGUACAGCGUGAAUUUGGGAACCCAGGAACUCCCGGACAACAGCACCCGGCAUCUGCUCAUUCGAAUCGUGAUUCAUGAGAAUUUCGACAAUCGCAUAUCUGAGGACAUCGCCCUCCUGAAGCUCAGAGAGCCUAUAACCUGGUCGCCUCUUAUCCAGCCCGUCUGCCUCCCUGUCCAAAAUUUCAAGCCAACUCUCGGCACCAUGUGUUGGGCUGUUGGGUGGGGACAGAAAGGGGGUAACGGUACCAAAAAUGCGCCAUACCAUCUCCAGGAGCUGGCCAUGAGAGUGGUCAGCAAUGACAUUUGCAAUCACCGGUACCAGUUCCUGCUGUGGAAAAACCAGAAGAAGUUUAUCGGGAGUGACAUGCUGUGUCUCAUGCCGGAGUGGGGCCUGGACACGUGUCAGGACACGUCUGGCAGCUCCCUCCUCUGCCAGCUGAACACCACCUGGAUCCAGAUGGGCGUGGCCAGCUGGAGUUUUGGGUGUGGCAAACGUCAGUUCCCAAGCGUCUACACCAGCAUCUCCUUCUUCACCCCGUGGAUCAAGAAGCACGUGUCCAACAUGAGGUUCACCAGCCGGGCCGCCACCUCCUUCCUCAGCCCCAUCCUCCUCCUCCUCGUGAGCCACGUUCUACUGGUCUCCUGGGGCUCCCUGGGGCUCCUCUGA